AUGUCCGUGGAUGAAAUGUUGCUGAAUGUGAAGAUUCUGGUGUUUAUGACUCUGCUGCUGGAGAUCUGUGCUGCUGAUCUGUGCAACUGGACCGGAAGCGGUUUUGCUGCUGCUGUGGACUCCAGGAUCGUGCUCCAGGUGCGCCUGCGCUGCACAGAGGGCUCAGUCAGGUGGGUUUACCCAGGUCAGGCUCUGCGGGUGGUCCUGGAGCCCAACCUGUCCUCCUCUCGGUGCACCACCGUCUGCAUCAAACCUUCUCCCUCCUUACGCGGAGCCAGCGUCUUCAUCGAGCGCUCUGGAGAGCUGGAGCUGCUGUUGACAGACAGCGGGAGGUCAGAGCAGCGGCAGGUGUUCUGUUUCCAUGCUGAUGGUCCUCAGAGGCCGGCGAUCUACCUCCAGUCCAGUCCACAGGGAGAUGGAGCCUGGAGCAGACGUAUGAUGGGCUUCAGAUAUGAGCUGCUGGGUAACAGGAGUGCUGGGAACAACCUGGGCCUGGGUGGGCUUCACACUUCAUGUCGACCCUGCAAUGACACAGAACUCCUCUUGGCCAUCUGCAACAGUGACGUUGUGGUCCGAGGCUCCAUCAAGAAUGUCUCCCAUGACUCUGGACGUCAGACUUCUCUGGUGGAGGUGUCAGCAGCCCGGGUGUACCGGCAGCGCAGUGGCGUGUUUGAGCAAGAAUUAUCUGACUCAAAAUCAUCUCCAUCUGUCCCAUCUUGGCGUGGGCAUAUCCACACGCACCUUGAGUGCCAUGCAAAGCCAGGGGACGGGGAGUUUCUCUUCACAGGGUCAGUACACUUUGGGGAAGCCUGGUUAGGGUGUGCCCCGCGGUACAAAGACUUCCUGUCUGUGUAUCAGACCGCCCAGGAGGCACGUCAGAAUUCCUGUGACUUCCCUUUGGACUGAAAAGUGUGGUUAUUUUAGCAAAGCUGGGUUCUUAUCCGCAGGCUUCUUCACCCCUGGACUGGCACCGUGGGAUCCCUCUGAUGUUGUCAUGUGGCAGCAAGGUGGCAUCAAGCACCACCAGCAGGGACGCAGCUUUUGAAUCGCUGCUGAAAGACACAUUUAAGAGGAGCAGAGCGGUGCAAACAGCAGGGCCUCCUGCUCUGAGGCUCACUGAGGGCCGGCCUUUGUCCCCCUCCCAUCACUGCCCUCCGUCCUGGGAGACUGAGGAGGGGUUGGGUUUCUCCUCCGUCUUUGUUCUUCAACCGUCGCUCAUUUUGCUGCCUCUG